ACAAGCGGGCGCACGCGGGCGGGGGUCGAGGGGACCGUGCUCCAGCAGCACCGGAACGGGUGGCCGCCGGCCGUGGGUGGACCUAGCGUCCUCGCCACGCCUCCCGCGGCCCCAGCCGCUGGCGCACACGCUGCCGCUCCGGUGGGCUCGGCGCGGAGCCGGAGGCCGCGAGGGACCGCCGCGAUGGCAGGGAAAGCCCACCGACUGAGCGCCGAGGAGAGGGAGCAGCUGCUCCCAAACCUGCGAGCCGUGGGGUGGAACGAGGUGGACGGCAGAGACGCCAUCUACAAGGAGUUCCACUUCAAGGACUUCAACCGGGCCUUCGGCUUCAUGACCAGAGUGGCUCUACAGGCAGAGAAACUGGAUCACCACCCCGAGUGGUUCAACGUGUACAACAAGGUUCACAUCACCCUGAGCACCCACGAGUGCGCGGGCUUAUCCGAGCGAGACAUCAACCUGGCCAGCUUCAUAGAGCAGGUUGCAGCUUCUCUGUCCUGACCGGAGAGGAACACACAAAGCUCGAACCGACCCAAAUCGACACCCCGCGUCUCGCCCGGACGACUGCGCCCGGAGCCUUCGCCCCGCGCCAAGCUGCCGCCGGACCCGGACGGCCACCCAAACCCCCCGCCCCCCGCCCCAGGGAGGGCCUACGUCCACCUCUGAUCUCGCCGCUUCCGCUCCUAAUCCCAUCUCUAUCCGCGUCUGCAGAUUGCUGAACCCGUGGCCUUUCAGCAGGCACGCCUUUAACCGGAGGGAGUAACGUUGCGCGAGUGCACGAGUAAAUCUUUCCAGGGCUCGACCCACCCCUGUGCUCUUGCCCCUGAGCCACCACGGUCUGCUCUACCCCCCGGAUUCGGGGUGGUGCGGGAAGCCUCCGGUUUCCCCAUCACACACCGGCAACCGUGACGUGCAGUCUGGUUGUUGCUGUGACCUUUCCCGAGCAGUAUUAAAAGCAGGCAUGUGAUCCCUCCCCUACUGUAACGGGCUUUUUAGCAGAGAAGCAUGACAGCGUUUACAAUAAAGUUCCCGGUUAACCCCA